AUGUCUCCUCGUCGUGUUCUCACUCUGCAACUGUGUGAGCCCAAUGACGUAUCUGGUCUAGAAACAGCUUACACCAGCUACACGAACGCAAUGUCAUUCUCCGACGACCGGCUUUGUCCCAUUUGCGCCAACCUCAACAUCGAGGGUCUUUUUGAUCCGACUCGUUUCAAAGGUCUACCGCCAGCUCCCUCGCCCGAGAGCGAGGCUGUCGGAUGGGACAAAUAUAUCCAACAUGCCGCAACCUGGAGACGUCUCACUCGAGAAGAAAUCGUCGCACAUUACCCGCCAGGCAUAGUCCCCAGCUGUCCCUUUUGCGAGAUUGUGGGUGGCAUUGGGCACUUACUCGCUGCUGGGCGCCCGCUGAACCCCAAUAGCCAUACCCCACGUGAGACGAAGAAGGUCCUGCUGGCUAUCCCAUCAGACCUUCUGUAUGAUAUAGCCACAAGCAGGAGGGAGCAAUAUGCCACGAAUGCCGCAGCAUCAGUCUUCCUACUCAUAAUGGACCAGGUCCAAUAUGAUGAGGCCAAGGCCAAGUCGUUUGGCAGCACAACUUUGUUUGUGCGGUUCGCCCAUCGAGACUUCCCAGGAUCCUUAGUAUCGCUGGUUGCGAAUCAGUCCCUCGACCUUCGACGCCCUCUUGACCUGCCCAUGCAGGGACGGCGUUUGCUGGAGGAAAAGAUUGACUACGAAUUUGUGCGUUCAUGGGUCCAGCUUUGCGAGGACCAGCACGAUAAUUGUCGCACGAGAGGAAACCUACAGCCUGUGCCGCGGCUGAAACUGAUAGAUUGUGAGGCAAGACGUAUCAUCAAACCGGAUCCGAACAGGAAAUACCCUUACGUGGCAUUGAGUUACGUGUGGGGAGGUGCUCCUCCAGAAAAGUACAAUUAUCCAAAUCUGCCAGAUGAAUUACCCCCCGUGAUCCUCGACACGAUGCGCGCUGUCGUCAAGCUUGGAUUUCGAUACGUAUGGAUCGACCGCUACUGUAUCUGGCAAGAUGACCAGAUCCACAAGAUGAGCCAGGUUGAAAGGAUGGACCAGAUAUACAGCGACGCAGAGCUCACCAUUGUCGCCGUCGGAGCCAAGGAUCCUAGCUACGGAUUGCCAGGUUUGACACUAAGCCGAACUCAACACAUUCCUAUAAAUAAGAGAAUAGGCGAGCGACAUCUGGUUGGCAAGUUCAGCCACCACUGGCAGCUGAACGAGGUGUCGAAAUCGAAGUGGGCUACUCGUGGCUGGACAUUUCAAGAGACUUGUCUGUCGAGAAGAAGGUUCACCUAA